AAUCAAAUCGUUAGAAAAAAUAUGUUACAUUCGUGGCUCGCCCAAAUCAACAUCCAAGUUAGGUUUUGCUCCCCUACCUUGUGCAAGAGGCUUGAAUUCCAGUUUGACAGGAGAGGAACUAGCUACUAUACUCAAUUACAAGUCCCUGCCCUGCUCUGAUCAGCUGCACCAUGGGAAGGAAGAGUAGAGUGAAGACUCAGAAGUCGGGGACAGGUGCCACAGCCGUGGUCUCUCCCAAAGAGAUGAUGAACCUAAUCUCAGACCUCCUACAGAAAUGCAGCAGUGCUGCCCCUUCUCCAGGGAAAGAGUGGGAGGAGUAUAUCCAGAUAAGAGGACUGGUGGAGAAGAUCAGGAAGAAACAGAAAGGUAUCUCUGUGAUAUUUGAGGGCAGCAGAGAGGAGUUCUUCCCGGAGCUGAUGGCGUGGGCUCAGGAGAGUGGCGCUUCCUGCGAGGGGGUUGAGAUUGCUAACUUCGCUGGCGAGGGCUUCGGCCUCAGGGCCACCAAGGACAUCAAGGCAGAGGAGCUGUUUCUGUGGAUCCCCAGGACGAUGCUGAUGACUGUGGAAUCAGCCAAAAACUCUGUCCUGGGUCCCCUGUACAGCCAGGACCGUAUUCUCCAAGCCAUGGGUAACGUGACCCUGGCCCUCCACCUGCUGUGUGAGCGGGCUGACCCCGCCUCCCCCUGGCUUCCCUACAUCAAGACCCUCCCUGGGGACUACGACACCCCCCUAUAUUAUGAGGAGGAAGAGGUACACCACCUGCUGUCCACUCAGGCCAUCCCGGACGUCCUCAGCCAGUACAAGAACACUGCACGACAGUACGCAUACUUCUACAAGGUCAUCCAGACUCAUCUGACCACCAGUAAACUGCCCUUGAAGGAUGCCUUCACGUUCGACGACUACAGAUGGGCGGUUUCCUCAGUGAUGACCCGUCAGAACCAGAUCCCUACAGAAGACGGUAGCCGUGUCACCCUUGCCCUCAUCCCUCUCUGGGACAUGUGUAACCAUACCAACGGCCUUAUCACCACUGGUUACAACCUGGAGGAUGACCGGUGUGAGUGUGUGGCUCUGCAGGACUACAAAGAGAAUGAACAGAUCUACAUCUUCUACGGGACGCGAUCCAACGCUGAGUUUGUGAUCCACAACGGCUUCUUCUUCCAGGAGAAUGCCCAUGACAGAGUCAAGAUCAAACUGGGCGUGUCCAAGAGUGAACGGCUGUACGCCAUGAAGGCGGAGGUGCUGGCCCGCGCUGGCAUCCCCUCGUCCAGUAUCUUUGCCCUGCACUGCAGCGAUCCUCCAAUCUCUGCCCAGCUACUAGCCUUCCUCAGAGUCUUCUGUAUGACUGAGGAGGAGCUGAAGGACUACCUGGUAGGUGAACAUGCCAUCAAUAAGGUCUUCACACUAGGUAACACUGAGUUCCCAGUGAGCUGGGACAAUGAGAUCAAACUUUGGACAUUCCUGGAGACCAGGGCUGCCCUGCUGCUCCAGACCUACAAGACCAGCUCCCAAGAUGACCAGUGUGUGUUGGAGAAUCCCGACCUCUCCUUCCACUCCCGUGUGGCCAUCCAGCUACGCCUGGCCGAGAAGCAGAUCCUGGAGAAGGUUGUGGCCAGAGGCAAGGCCAGACGCCUGCACUUCCAGCAGCAGCAGGAGGAGGGCGCUCCGCUGCCCCGCUAUGAGGAGAGCGACAUCUCCCUUCUGGAGAACGCAGAGGCCGACACCAAGCUGCCUCUCAUAUUGAGGAAACUUCAGGAGGAGGACGAGGAGGGAGACGACCAGGCAGCGGUGGAACGGGUGUUAGCCCAGGUACAGCAGCUGGGACAAGGGGAUGCAGCCAGGGAACUAACCUCCCUCAUAGUCAACGGGGAUGGUGGGAAGGUUGUAGUCAACGGGAAUGGUACGGACGCUAGCCCAGUCCUGCAGGUUGGUGUGGACGCUAGCCCUGUCCUGGAGGUUGGUGUGGACGCUAGCCUGAAUCAGGAGGCUAGCAAAAAAGUUAGCUUAACCUCCUUGGACGCUGGCCAAUGUGCUAGCCCUGCCCAGGAGGAGGAUGGUAUGGUUGCUAAGUUCACCACGGCAGACGCUGCUGACCCAGCUACCACCCAGGAACAAGAAGGCCAAACGGAGAAUGGAGAAGACAAGGCUACUGCUUCUCUCUCACCGGAAGUGGACGUGGACCUGAGUGCAGAACGAACUGGAGACGUCCCCAAUGUGAACAGUGUAUAGGUGUAAUCAUCAUCUAGAUAGGCCUUAUUGCAGAAGAAGAGCAGCAGCCAGCCAGUCAGUCAGCCAGUCAGUGUUGUCUCUCUUAAGUGACUCACAGAAAUAAAGGAGCUAAGAAUUAAUGAAGAAUUCAGAUUUAAAAAACUGAACACUGUUGGUUGGUUCAUCCCUCCUUCCACUGCUUUGUUAGUUUUACCUCCGUACCGCAGCAGACGGCACAGUGCCAGUCAAUGUCCCCCCCCUUUCCCUUCUAUCUGAGCAGUAAACAUUUCUAAUGUUUUAUGAACAACUGGCUUUGUUUUUUUCUUUUACAGUGCUUCACUGGUUUACCUUGAGAUUAUUGACACACGAGCUGUGAGACAAUGGUAGUUAGUAACAAUGGCAGCGCUGGUUUCAGUUCCACUACUGUAGAUUGAAUUUAGUUUAAUGUUAUUUCCAGCAAGCCAAAAUCUUAUCCUAACAGCUUUACCCCUCACUCCUCAGAGUCAGUUUAGUACUGUGGUUUAUCUCGAUAUACGGCUGCUAUAAUUUCACUUGACAAUCUUCUUCAGUGGUGUAUUCGGCUCUUUGUUGUUCAUUGUUUGAGACCAUCGCUGCCCCUCUUUCUCACGUUACACUUCCUGGUUUCACUCAAUAGCAUUUAAAAUACAACUGAAGGAAACUUUUGACACAAAAUCGCGGAUAUGUCCUGUGCUCUUGAUCUGGGAGCAAUCAGCAUUUUAUUUCUCUACUCUGAGAAUAAUGUACAAUUUUGAAAUGUGAUGGAAAAUGUAAGGAUAAUAAGUGUGUUUAUUGAGCGAAAUGAGAUGACUAAAAGCAGGUGUUUUGGGUCGUUUUUGAAAACGUUAAAUAAUUACAAUGUUUAAAAUGUUAAACUUUAUUAUGAAUGUACCUCCGCUCUCCAAGUUGCAGUUCAAUCACCUGAGGACGAGUUGCGGCUUUGAUGAAGAAUAUGACUAAUGCUAUAGUCUAUUAUGAAAAAGCCAUAACAGUCAGAAUGGAGACUAAUUCAAACCUCUUCAUCAGCAAGACAGGGCAAGAGACGUCAUGUGACCUCCUAGACGUGUCUCACAUAAAGGACUUCAACUCAUUUCUGUUAGAUUAUUGUUUUGUUGGACAUCCUUAGUGUUUUUGACUCCUCCUUUCUCCACUCCAGAAUGAAAACAAACAGAACAUCGAUAACGCGGCCUCUCAUCCAGUCGCUAUUUCUCCACAUGUUUUUAUUUGUCUUUAUGAUGUCUGCUCUGCAUUUCAAAGCCUAGGUUGGUUUUCUAUUAGCUUUGAAUGGCAGUGAGACAUGAGGAUGUCUAGCUUGCUCUCGUUGUUAGAUGUAAGCACUUAAAUAACCCUUAGCUUCAGUACACCAGCUGUUGUUAAUAUUAUCAUGUUAUCUGUUAUCAUGUUGGGAUAGCCAAGGGAGCUAAUUCAGAAUAUUGGUGUCUGCGUUCUCCCCCUGUGAAUAAGCCAUGUGAUGGAUGGUGGAUAUGAGGGGCACCAUUACCACCUCACUAGUUAAAGUUAACCUUACUCCAAAGUGUUAGCUAGUGCUGCUUAUUAUAACUUGUCUAUCUAUAAGUUGAUGCUGUUGCCAACCUCAAAGUGAAAGAGUUCUGAGAUCUGAGUCUAUUCUACUGUGUAGUUUAAAACUAAAAGGGGUUUGUUUUGUAACUUUUAAUUGGACUAUCACCAUGUUGGUUUCUGCAUCAUGGGACUGGUUCCUUUCUGUAUUUUCAUUCACUCAUCAUUUGUACCAUUCUCUACCGGUCAAAUCAACCUGCUGCUUUUCUAAAGACUUGGUUUUUUCUUGUUACUGAGAAUCUACCGACUGCUUUAACCAAUCACACUCUCCAAGCAAUUCACAGCACCUGGUGUAUCCAGAGCUGUCCUUGUCCAACCAAUGAGUGACAAGGAGUUGGCAUGAUGGCACAAACGGACUGGUACUCAGGCUACCUUGUAGCCUGGUCCCACGUCUGUACUCUACGUGCGUCCUCUGACAUUGAUAGUUGGUGGUAACAUUGGACAGUAGUGUCCUCAUUACUGUUUGAUUAAUAUUGUAAGUACAAUGUAUGAACAUUGUUAAUGUACGUACAGCAGUAUCCCCAACCCUGCCACAGUAUCUGUGUGUUAGAGAUGUUGACGAUGAGUAUGACGUGCCUCUUCUCGAACGCCCAGGAAGUUACAAUUCAAACUCCCAUUAGACAUUUCUUCAUUUAGUCCCAUUAUGACCGGUAUGUACUUGUGGAAGGCUACCUGAGAAGCAACUGAAAACCAUGCCUCCACUAUAUUAAGCUGUUGUAGACUCCUGACCUGUGGGUGGCAGUAAUGAGACGCCAAAUUUGUAUUUUUUUCAGUUGCUUGGGCAUUUUAUCUAGAUCUUUUUUUGGAAGUUCUGAUGAGGACGAUGAUGAUGAUGACGAUUGCUCAGUGACACUCCAUAUUUGGUGAGUAACAAAAGUAUUUUGACAUAACGCUUGCAGAGCUGUCUAAUGGGAGUUUGAAUCGGAGCUUCCUGGGCUUUAGAGAGGAGGAACGGCAUACUCAUCGUUGAAAUCUCUAGCGCACAGAUACUGUGGCCCCUCAACCCUCGGAAGCCAAGGCUUCUCACAUUCUGUCAAUCACACAAGAUUUGUGCCAGCCGAACCUAACCCUUACCCUAAAUGCAGUGUAAGAUGUAGUAAGUACAAUAGUUGUUACACUGUGCUACAGCACAUCCAGAUAUGCAGCAGUUUUGGGCUUGUUUCUCUGACUGUGAGAUACCGAAGGUUGUGAUGUACACUAACUAUGGAGGACAGAAUACAGUCAUGAAACUGUCAUGGAAACAGAUUAAAGUUCUAAUUUCUCACU